AGCGAUGCAUACCAUCGGCUCUGGUCACGAGGCUGUCUCAUGUCAACCACAGUUGAUAUGCAGUUAGACUACGAAAGUGAUCCCCCACCAGAUGAUGCAAAAACUUUUGAGAAAGAGUCAACACUGAAUGGUGCCGUCUCUCAACUUGCAAGUGAUUUUGAUAGAGAUUCAAAUCUCACUUUGGAGCGCUUCUCCCGGACAAGGCGUGCAUCUGUCAUUUCAACCGGUUCACUUAAGCUUGAUCUUGCUCUUGGCGUUGGAGGAUUACCAAAGGGUAGAAUGGUUGAAAUAUUUGGGAAAGAGUCAUCUGGAAAGACAACACUUGCACUUCAUGUUGUGAAGGAAGCCCAGAAGAAUGGAGGUUAUUGUGCUUAUAUUGAUGCAGAAAAUGCUUUCAACACUUCAGUUGCAGAAGCAAUUGGUGUGGACAUUGAUAAACUCCUAAUAGCUCAACCUGAUUCUGCUGAAAACUCCUUAAGCAUAGUGAACACUCUUGUUGGUGGAUCCAUUGAUGUUGUUGUCGUGGAUAGUGUGGCAGCACUUCUUCCCAAAUGUGAACUUGAAGGUGAAAUACACAUGAAAUUUGCAGACCUACAAUCCCGUUUAAUGACUCGGGCACUUCGAAAAAUUCAAUACACAUUAAGUCGCUCAGAAACACUUAUUAUUUUUGUGAAUCAGGUUAGAACAAGGCGGGAUCCAGUUUCUGGUCUCUACAAGGAGACGACCUGUGGUGGCAAUGCAUUAGGGUUCUAUUCAGCAGUCAGAAUGCGGACUUCGAGAAGGAAACUGCGCUAUAGCGAAGACCAGGCUACUGGCAUCGGUAUAUCAGUUGAGAUCAUCAAGAACAAACUAGCUCCAGCAAUUCUGAAGGAAGCUGGGAUCGACAUCAGGUUUGGUAGGGGAAUCUGCUAUGAAUCAGAGAUUCUGGAGAUGGCUUCUUCCCAUGGAGUUAUUGUGAAGGAAGGGUGUGGGUAUUGGAUCAACGGCAAGUUACUGCCUGACAAGGGAGAAGCGGAGAAGUUCCUGCUUGAGAAUGAUGCCGUGGCAGAUGACAUCUGCAGUACCAUGAGAAGCGAACUCUUUGAAAGGUGACAAACGAAGGCCACUGGAAAUUGGACGUCCAAAUUUUUUCUCCUCGCCAAAUUGACACAAUGUAAAUAUUCAAAAUCCCAGGAAUAUUGUGUGUAGUCUGAUUUUAUUGCCCGAUUUAUUAUUUAUCUGGUGAAGUGAGGAUGAGGGAUGCAUGGCCAAUUAGGGCUGAUUGCCACCAUCAGCCUGAUAGGUACUGUGAUACCACAAGGUGUAGAUUUCUGCCCUCUGGAAUUGUACUGUGACCACCGUAGUUGUUGUAUCAUGUGCUACUAGGGUACUUCCUGUGUAACUUCUAGGGUGCUAACACCAGAAAGAUGAAUAGAAUGCAUAUGCAAGGA